AUGAAGAUAAAAACCCUCAGCAGGCUGUCGGACACCUAUGUGCCGGCCAGAAACACCCAGGAGCUGGCGAUGCCUCGUAACUUGAACCCUGCUCUUCAUCCGUUUGAGAGAGCCAGAGAAUAUACUAGAGCUGUUACGGCUACUAAGCUUGAAAGAAUGUUUGCCCAGCCUUUUGUGGGCCAGUUGGGCGAUGGACACAGAGACGGUGUUUACUGCAUUGCUAGAAAUUUCAAAACCACUAACCAGGUUGCCACAGGUUCUGGUGACGGUGUGGUGAAGUACUGGAACAUGACUCUGAGAGAUGAGCUGGUGAGUUUCCGUGCUCAUUUCGGAAUGGUGACUGGUUUGAGUGUUACGCCAAGACGUGGGUUGCUUUCGUGUGGUGACGAUAAGUUUAUCAAGUUGUGGUCGCUCGAUAGUAGUGAUUUCCCUGAAGAGACCGAUGACCUUGAUGUGUUUAAGCCUCAGGGCGUCAACCAGGAAAACGCCUUGAUCAAGACGUUCAACGGUGAACAUGCAUUUAAUGGUCUUGACCACCAUGUUUCUGAGGACAUUUUCGUCACCGGUGGUGCUAGCAUUAACCUUUGGGACAUGAACAGGUCCAAGUACACACUGAACCUUACCUGGGGCGCCGACAACGUCAACAGCGUCAAGUUCAACCGUACAGAGUCGAAUGUUUUGGCAUCGGCAGGUUCAGAUAACUCGAUUGUGCUUUACGAUAUCAGAAGCAACAGUGCUAUCCAGAAGGUGGUUACCAAUAUGAGAGCCAACGCUCUUACCUGGAACCCUAUGGAGGCAUACCACUUUGCAUCGGGUCACGACGACCACAACUCGUAUUUAUGGGAUAUGCGUCGGAUGGACUCCUCGCUUAACGUUUACAAAGACCAUGUCAGUGCUGUCAUGGAUCUAGAUUUCUCGCCUACUGGCCAAGAGCUUGUCACUGGUUCUUAUGAUAAGACUAUCCGUAUCUACAGACCUAGAGAGGGCCACUCGAGGGAAAUCUACCACACCAAGAGAAUGCAGCGUGUGUUCAGCGUCUGUUUCACCACCGACCUGAAGUACAUUUUGAGUGGUUCUGACGAUACCAACAUCAGAUUGUGGAGAGCCAAGGCCUCCGACCGUUCCGACGUCAAGUCUCUGAGAGAACGUUCCAAGAUGAACUACGACGAGAAGUUGAAGGAAAGGUACAAGUACAUGCCCGAGGUGCGCCGUAUUGCUCGUCACCGUCACUUGCCAAAGGUGGUGAAGAAGGCCCAGGAGAUCAAGCGUACCGAGGUGGAGUCGUUGAAGAGAAGAGAGGAGAACGACCGUCGUCAUUCGAAGGAGGGCUCGAAGCCCAGAGUGGCCGAGAGAAAGAAGCAUAUCCGUGGCACUGCCAUCAAGGAACAAUAA